AUGAUCGUCGUUGUAGUGUCCGAAGUCGAUUUCCCUCCGAACGGUGUGUUGGAAGGGCUGACCAAGGCAUUGUCGGCUUGUGGUGUAGGUGAGGGAGCCGGAGAGGCGGCCAUCGUCGGGGUGGCAAAUGGUGCAGGUAUGGGAGCCGGCGAGGCGAGCGUCGUCGGGGCUGGUGGAGCUUGUGGAGCGGCGAUCAAGGCAAAUGGUGCAGGUGUGGGCGCCGGAGAGGCGGCUGGUGUAGCCGCUGGGACGGGGCAUCGCGGCGAUUCGGAACUCAGAGUUGUGACACGAAGCAAGUAGAGCGUAGGGCGAGUAGGUCACCUUCCAUUGGGCGAGAGAGAUUCUGCAAAAUUUCUUCUGCAACGAAAAUGUAGGCAGCAUAUCAUGCGUGCCAUUGUUGGUCAAUUGUUAUGAAUACACCUGGAGCCGUCGCCUCACCGCGGGGUCUUUGUUAUCGGUACAAACAUGCCUGUGCGCCUCGGGGGCGAUACUGAAAAGAAAGCAACCGAAGGCGCUCCGGCGGAAGCUCCCUUCAUUUUGGGGCCGUGUACAUAUUUUACCGUUCCAGAGCAUUUGCAACACUGAAUCGGGGCGUGCUUCAAUGGACUUCUGGGACAAACGGUUGAUAACCGCCUAAAAGAAAAUCGCAUGAUUACGCUACUGCGCACCUCACGAGAAUUUCAGGAAGAGAUGAAUCGAUAAUCCCCCACGAAAGUUAUCACACCAAAAUUUCGGCUCGCAGCUGCGUGCGCUCGCAACGGACCGGGCCGACCAAGUGUGCCAAAGCGACUUCUAUUUAAGCCUCUACCGCGGGCGCGCUCAGACGCCCUCAGACUCUUCAUUCGCGCAUUAUCACCAGUCAAGAGCACUAGAAGCUAUAUUAUUUGGAUCUUUGACAGUGAGGGACCACGUUACACGGAAUAGCGUUUCGUUCAGCAUCGGGAGCUGUGCUCCAGCUUAUGCCAUCCUGAGAUGAAGGCGGAUGCAUGUCCUUUUGGUCGCCUACUUUCCUGUCAUACGAGCCAUUUCAUC